CAAUACAUCCCAUUACAUUCUUUUUCUUAAAAAAACCCAUUACUUUCCUUUACUUUUUCUAUGAUGAAAUCAGUCCGUUUCUACUUAAACAAUACAUCAUUUGAUAGUCAAUAUACAUUUGAACUUCAAGGCUAUAUUUCACCUCAAGAUUUUCAAUUCAUUAUGGGCACAUUGAAUGCAACUGUACUUGAUGCUUUACCACCUGGAGACAAAAUAAUUUGGUCUAUAACAUUAUGUGUCCUUUGGUUACUGGGUAUCAUGACUCAUUGUCUAUCAUGGCAUUAUACCCAUCGAAACAGUCUUCCAUUCCUUUCUUGCUUUAUGAUCUUUACUACUCUCUUGUUUAUCUGGCGAUACCGUUCACUUCGACAAAGGUUUGAAAUUGCCAUGUUGAAUACAUGUCACCAAAUCAAUGCCACUGAAAAUAUUCGAGGUAUUCAUGUCCGAUUAAGUCAACAAAAUCCAAAUAAGAUGUUGUCUACUGUCUAUUCGAUUGUGAUUGGAUUUGAUGACAGAUACAAUACACUCUCAAGUCAACAAUUCAAUCGCUAUUCCUCUGUGGACUUUGUUACUGUACCUUUGAAUGUCCAUAGAAUGUCAAAGGACGAUAAGAAUAACAGCAGCAUUUGGGCUAAACAAUACCCAGCUUAUUAUGAUGAAAAAUACAUCAUUCCGUAUCAUCUUUAGUUACUCCCCUCAAUAAACAAUCUCUCCUCAUUCUAACUCCUUGACUAUCCUCUCCCUGUGUAUGAAUGCAUCAUUGAAAAAGCCAAUGGACUUCGUGACCGUCAAAACGAAACACUUUUUUCUUUUCUUUUUUUUAAACAAGAAUGGAUACAACCGAGAUUCUUUCAUUGACGUUAGAGCAGUUGGAAGAAAGACACAAAGCAGAAAAAAAGAAAUUGACAGACAAAAUUAUCACGCUUCGUAAAAGUGCACCUAAAAGUGACAAGAGAAAGAAACGUGAAGUAGCUUCU